UAUUACCAAAUCUAUCUAUCAUUUAAGUCAUCCAAAAUAUAUUAUAAAAUCUAUCUGUUAUUUAAGUUAUCCAAAAUUUAUCACAAAACCUGACAUUUAAGUUAUCCAAAAUAUAUUACAAAAUAUAAUUAAGUUAUUCAAAGACAUUUUUCAUUGACUUUUUAAUCCACAAUUUUAUACAUUUAAGUAAGACUAUGCCUUACUUAAAUAUAAGUACUGAAGUCUGAACAUUAUUAAAUAAGUUACUGCAAUGGUAAUAUACUUUAGAUGUGCAGCGUACAAAACAAGACUAUUAUAUUAUUAUGUUCACAUGCAACUGACAAAACACAAACACAUCUAAAACACGAAGACAUGCCAAUAAAGAACUUUUUUAUUACUGAAGUAAUUCGUCUGUAACUAUUAAUUCUGACACAAUUCAAAGACAACACUAAAACUGCCAUAUUUGUGCUACAAAUGUAGUAAUGUCAAUAUUGUGAACAACGUUAUUAGCAGUUAUUAUCAAGUUUUCAAUAAACAUAUACAUGUGUCGUAAUGUUUGUUUUUUAAUACUACGUAGCACGAAACAGCAAAAACGAAUCCAACUUCUGAGUUUUUAUAAUUGAGAAUAAUAUCUAUUUUGUUAUGUGUCAUUAAUUAGUGACUAUAGCCAAAGGAUAUGAAAGAAUGGCAUGACAUGAUAAGAACCUUAAAACAGACGAUGUACUGGCGAUUGCAGCUUUAAUGAUCUAUUAUAAAUAAUCAGAUAAUAAAAUUAUACUGGAGAUUGCAGCUUUAAUGAUCUAUUCUAAAUGAUUAGAUAAUAAAAAUAUACUCGUUUUUACAGCUUUAACGAUCUAUUCUAAAAUAUUGCAGCUUUAAUGAUCUAUUCUGAAUGAUGAAAUAAUAGAAACAUUCUCGAAAGUGCAACUUUAAUUAUCUAUUCUGAUCAGACAAUAAAAAUAUACUCGAGAUCGCAGAUUUAAUAAUCUAUUCUAAAUGAUGAAAUAAUAGAAACAUUCUUGAGAGUACACCUUUAAAUCAAGACGAUUAUUCACAGAAGACCAAAUAUGAGGAUGAUUCCUUUAGCUGCACAAGGAAGAGAUCAACAUUAAAUUCUAGACAAGCGAGAUCGAGUUUUUAAAGGUGCAUUAUCCAGGACAAAAAUACCACAGAGGACGUUGACGAAGAUGCGGCAGCGGUGGCCUCGAUCCUUCUGCCGUACCGUUGUGGUCUUGUUUGUGUUGUUGUGGAUGUUGUCAUUUCUGUUCAUAGAGAAAUUACUGCCUGGUCAGUCAUGGAGCGAAAAAGAGGAGCAAAUGUUGGCUAGACACAGAAUAAAAGGAUCGCACGGUGUUCAGAUUAACAGUGAUCGCAGACACAGAAUACCAGCACCGCACGGUGUUCAGAUUAACAGUGAUCGCAGACACAGAAAAAAAGCAUUCCAUGGUGUUCAGGUUAACAGCGAUCGCAGACACUCUCUACCUACACAUACAAAAUAUAUGAGAAGAAGAAGACGAAAACGAAAACGAAAGAUCAAGAAACUGAAAAAAAAGUUAUAUGGCGGUCGUGUUUUUCAAAACAUGGUUCGAGAUGUGAACAAAAAUGUCGCCCGUUUUAUUAUUGGUCGGAACAAGAUUGAUGAUGUUGCGUUCCCGUCCUUCGUCGCGGAAAAUCCAAUAAAUGCACCAGGUGAGAAUGGCACAGGAAUAAAAGUAAAACUUUCCAAAGAAAUGAAACUGAAAAAAGAAGCUGGUUUCAAGAAGUAUCAAUUUAAUGUCAUCGCCAGUGACGCCAUUUCCGUCCGAAGAAGACUUCCGGAUCGCCGAUCAAACUAUUGCCUCAAGGAAGCACAGACGUACGCGAAUCUACCGGAAGCCAGCGUCAUCAUGUGCUUCAGAAACGAGGCUUGGUCUGUACUGCUCAGAAGCGUGCACAGUGUCCUUGACCGAUCGCCGCCAUCUUUGUUAAGGGAGAUAAUUCUGGUGGAUGACUUUUCAACUGAAGACUUUCUGAAGAAGCCGCUAGACAAAUACAUGAAACAGUUUCCCAAGGUGAAGAUCGUGCGCACUGACAAGAGAGAGGGACUAAUCAGGGCGAGGCUAAAAGGAGUUUCCAUGGCAAUAGCUCCUGUUUUAAUUUUUUUGGACUCCCAUAUAGAGUGUCUUCCAGGCUGGAUAGAGCCUCUGUUGGCGAGGAUCCAUAGUGACGCCCACAUCGUGCCGUUCCCCGUGAUUGACUACAUCACCGGGUACGACUUCCACGUCGCCUACCUCGCCUACGCCGUGGGCACGUUCAACUGGAACCUCGACUACACGUGGGACAGCGACAACAGCGACUACAGCAGUGACGACAAGGUCGACAAUGACGCGCCCAGAAAAUCCGCCACAAUGCCAGGUGGUCUGUUUGCAGUGAGCAAGAAAUACUUCCUAAAAAUAGGUGCAUAUGAUCCUGGCCUUGACUUCUGGGGUGGGGAGAACAUGGAACUCUCAUUCAAGGUGUGGAUGUGUAACGGCAGUAUCGAGUUGGUGCCGUGUUCCCACGUGGGCCACGUCUUCCGACCCAAGAACCCGAACUCGUGGUCCUCCGCCAUCGACCCCGUAAAGCGUAACAGCAUGCGGGUAGCCGAGGUCUGGAUGGACGAGUACAGGCAAUACGUCUACGAACUCUACAACUACAAACUGGGCGAUUUCGGUGAUGUUAGCGAGAGGAAGAAGAUGCGCCAGAGACUGGGCUGUCACAGUUUUGAUUGGUUCAUGAAGACAGUAGUACCGCACAAAUACGUACCACGUGACGUGGUCGGAGUUGGGGAGAUCAGAAGUGCCGCGUACACUGACGCUCUAUGCAUUGACAGCAUGGGUAGAAACACUCUACACCUACUACGAUGUCACGGAACAGGUCAGACACAGUUCUGGUACAUCACACGAGAUGGCAUUUUUCAACAAGAUCCGGAAUCAGUAUGCGUGCUUCAAAAUGGUCUACUGCUUCUCAGCAAAUGGAAAUGUAAGGCUGUGAAAUCAUUUUGGACAUACAGACAGGACAAUAGCAUGUUUCACACCCCGACUGAGCACUGUCUUCAAGCUACGCCUAACAUGACAUUAGUUAUGAAACCUUGCGACAGGUCGGUGUGGCAACAGUGGAUUAUGGCAAGACAGCGCCCUAAGUUGAAAGAAAAAUAUUAACUUGGUUUGACAAAAUUACUAUUUGUGUGUAUUUAUAUUAAACAAGUAAUUGUGUAAUAAAACUUUAAAUUGUA